UGCACCAAGGAGUGUGGUUGGGCCCAGAGGGUUGUCCAGGAUAUGAUCCCCUGGGAUGCAGGCACCGACAAUGGGGUCACCUAUGAGUCUCCCAACAAGCCCACAGUCCCUCAGGAGAAGAUCCGCCCCCUGACUAGCCUGGACCACCCUCAGAGCCCCUUCUACGACCCUGAGGGGGGCGCCAUCACCCCCGUGGCCAGGGUAGUAGUGGAGCGCAUCGCCCGAAAGUCAGAAGAAAUAUCAGCUGUUCCGGACGACUGUGUGAUGACGCUCUCCGUAGCUGACGUGAGUAAGACCUUUAAACAGGGAGGAGACGACACUCCAGAGACGUGCAUCUACUCCAACUGGUCUCCGUGGUCAGCCUGCAGCUCAGCCACCUGUGACAAGGGCAAGAGGAUGAGACAGAGGAUGCUGAAGGCCCAGCUGGACCUCAGUGUACCCUGUCCUCACACCCAGGACUUUGAGCCCUGCAUGGGGCCCGGCUGCAGCGACGAGGAAGGGUCCACCUGCACGAUGUCAGAGUGGAUCACCUGGUCUCCGUGCAGCAUCAUGUCAUGUGGGAUGGGCCUGCGGUCCCGGGAACGCUACGUCAAGCAGUUCCCUGACGAUGGCUCUGUGUGUACCUUGCCUACUGAGGAGAACGAGAAGUGUAUUGUGAACGAGGAAUGCACACCCAACAGUUGUCUGGUGACAGAGUGGGGUGAGUGGGACUCCUGCAGUGCCACCUGUGGGCUGGGCAUGAAGAGGAGGGAACGCAUGGUGAAGAUGCCUCCACCAGACGGCUCCAUCUGUGGGGCUGAGGUGCUGGAGGUGGAGAAGUGCAUGAUGCCAGAGUGCCACACCAUCCCCUGUAUGCUGUCUCCAUGGUCUGACUGGAGUGACUGCAGUGUGACGUGUGGGAAGGGCAUGCGGACGAGGCAGCGCGUGCUCAAGUCUCCUGUGGAGUUGGGAGAGUGUACAGAGGACCUGGAGCAGGUGGAGAAGUGUAUGCUGCCAGAGUGUCCGACAGACUGUAUGGUGUCAGAGUGGACGGAGUGGUCUGACUGUAACAAAUCCUGUGGUAAAGGUCACAUGAUAAGGACACGCAUGGUGAAGCUGGAGCCCCAGUUCGGAGGGGACUCGUGUCCCGAGACAGUACAGAGGAAGAAGUGUAAGAUCAGGAAGUGUAACCGGGGAGGUGGCCAGGGACAGGUCAACAGCGACGAAAAGAAACGACGCAAGGAGGCGAGGGAGAAGAGGAGGAGCAAACAGGGGGGUCGACAGGGGGAGGAGACCACGUCACCUGCUGAACACCCAGGCUGUAAGAUGAGGCCGUGGUCCAGCUGGACGGACUGUACCAAGCUGUGUGGCGGGGGGAUCCAGGAGCGGCUCAUGACAGCCAAAAAGAGGCUUAAGAGCGCCCAGCUCCCCAGCUGCAAGGACAGGAAGGAGAUCCGAGCGUGUAACGUGUACCCCUGCUAGAUGGACCGAGGUGGGCAGGACAGGGAUGGGAUGGGUACGGAGUGGGUGGAGGUUGCCCAUAAACACUGGUGUGAGGUCAGUUGUUUUCCCCUCUGACAGUUCAGGUUAGGUUUGGGGAUUGUAAGCUGAUCCUACAUCUGUGCCUAUGGGCAAGUUUUUUAGGGGACGGAGCGUGAGGUGGCAUAGUGUCACUCAAUGAUCCAAUGCACUCUGUUUAGGGCUGGCACAGACCUUAAUCUCUCUUGGUUUAAUCUAGGGCUGAGUCUGAAGAUUCUAGAUUGGGGAUUGAAGAUUCUAGAUUGGGGAAGGUACACUGGUUCUGUAUAUACCUCUAGUCUGAGGUUGGAAAGAGUUUGGCAAAUUCUGAAAUGACCCAUCCUUCAAGGUCAAUGGUCAUGGGUUAUUUUACAAGAAGGAAGGAAGGAAUUCCCUUGGUCUCUUCUCAAGCCUAAAACAAACAGCCAUUUUGAGAGAGGAUCUAGGCGUCCCCAAAUAACGCCUAGCCUAUGAUGAACCUGACUGAUUUUCCUCUGUGUGUACAAUAAACUAGCUCUGUUACAUAUAGGAUUCUUCUGCAAGAUUACUGUAAACUUGUUGUGGUAUAAUAUUCUUGAAUAAUGAUAAUGAUGAAAACACCAAUUGAUUUAAUAGGAGAUAGUACUGUUAGGCUAUAUCCUGUAGUAUCCUCUUUGGCAGUGUAUAUAAUCCCAGAACUUAAAGCACAGUUACCCAGCCAUUCCAGCAUUUUAUAAUCCUUCAGAAAAUAAAUAUGUUUCUAGGAUCAAGAAAUCUCCUGUUUGAACAUUUACUCAGCUGUACUGCUGUUCAUGUAGACACAUUGUUAUUAUAAGAUCAUUUUAAUUUUUUUUGCUGUGGAUUUUUUGAUAAGAAUAUCACCCAAGAGUCUUACCAAAGUCCUGUGUAGAUGUUUUUUACCUGUCUUUACUUCUCUUUUUCCUCUGCUCCUCUAACAUAUUAAUAUUUUGGAAUAUAUCACCUUUACAAUAAAAGUAAAUGUUAGAAAUUGUCA